CUUUUUAUUUAGAAUAAAUAAAAAAAAUAUAGAACACGAAUAUAGAAUGUCUGAUUGGAAGGAUAUUCCAUUAUGCAAAAUAAAUUUUUAUGACCCUUCGUACAAAGUUUAGUUGAAUCCUGUUUGCACUCUUAUUUACGACAAAAUGUUUACUCAGAAAGAGAAGUCAUGCUGGAAAUUUGUUCAUUGUGCAGUCAGUUGGAGCUCAUGUUAACAACUUUCUUUUUUGACCAGAUUGGAUCUCAUGAAAAAGUUUGUUUUGGUACAACUUUUGAUAUACAAGCGAAAAUGAAGUUUCAAGCAAUGAAAACUCAUUUAGCUCUUCUUAAAGACAAAAGUUCAACUUUAGAGUCGUUUUUAAAGAGAAAAGGAAUGUAUAACAUCUUCCCUAAUGUCUGUGCAUAUCUAAGUCAUGCUAAUGGCUACAUAAUUAAUAUUAAAGACCAGAAGUCUGUUGUUAAAAAGUACUUUGAACAGCUUACUUAUUUAAAUCAGCUAUACGCGAUAAGUGAGCAGAUAAAUGAAGAUCUUUAUCAGCAGUUUAACCACAAGUACAUUGCUCACCAAACAGUUUUGCUUCAUAAUGCUGUUAGUUUUUUUGGAACUCCUUUAGAAGAUUAUAAGGAUGAGAUUGAAAGUAUUUUUUUAGACAUUAAAGCACAGCUAAAGUUACAAACUAAUGAAAUUCCUCAUUUGGAACACAAUGAAAGAAAUAGACUUGAUGAAGUAACCCGUGUUUUGAUGAAGCUGUCUAGUGAAAUUCAUCCGAUGCUUUCGUCACCAUUAACGCCAAUAGUAAACUUUAUUGCAAAAGAUAGAUAAUUUUUUUUCAAUUAUAAUAUAUUAAAUUUUAGCUCAAAAAUAUUAUAAAAUAUAAUUGUAAUAUAUGUAGUAUAAGUGUAUAAAUUGCAGAAUAAAUAAUAAUUAUUUAACUGUUUAUUAUAAUAAA